AUGUCGACAUCCCGUGUAUUUAGACGUCUCAACAGUAAUCAGGCUGCAAGACAGCAAAUCGACAAUUACUUUACUUAUUUCAAGACCCCAGUGGCCUUGAGACCUCUGAUAUAUCGUCAACGUAAUGCGAACACACUGCUGGCAAUGGACCUGCAGGACCCCGAGACCAAAUUGCCAAUGAAGCCAAAAAAUCCUAUUGCAUCCGUGUCAAAACAAACCCUAGUUGAUUAUGUGAAGUCUAUCCCCAAUGGCUCCAAUGAAUUCUUUGAAUGGUUGAAACCUUGGAUGAAAUUGACCACUAGAAAGAAAGAAAUAUACCAAUAUUUUUCAGCUCAACAUUUACAAACAAUGUUGAUCCAAUCAUGUUACGUUAUUGGGGACUACACAAGAAUGGUGGGUUAUUUAUAUACUCAAAGACCUCGUUUCAUUCAAGCUCAAAAUUCAAAUAUAUACGAUGUUGAUCAUUUCUUUAAUACAUUAUUAAUGUGUUCUUUACAGAGGGGGUCUAUAUUGGAAUUCGAUGAUCCAACUAUUGCACGUAAGAAAGUUCAACAAAUGUGGUCAAAUACUGUUAAUAAAGAACAAACUUUAGGGUUGACAUCAUUAUUGGUUAAUUGUUACGCUAAACAACAAGGUUUCGAAUCACAAGAUUUAAUUAAAGGUUUGAAUGAAGUGAAAAUCAAUUUACCUUCUAGAGAUGGAAUUACAGAAGAAACUCAACAGAAAUUCUUAACUACUAAUGAAUCAUUAUACAUGAUCUGUAGAACUAUUCUACAGUUUUUCCCUGAACAAGACGCAGAAAUCGCCAGAUUUGUCAACGAUUACAAAUCUCUAAACAGUAAAGCCGGUAACACUAAUGAUAUAUAUGAUGACUAUGUUGUGUCAAUGAAGAAGAUCUGGACUGUUAAGAAAGAAGAACGUGCGGCAAGAAACGCUAAAAAGCCAGUAGAAUCACAACAAGAAACUGACAACUCAACCGUUGCCAAAGAAUGA